CCGGCCUGGAGGCCCCUCCUUUCCCUAGGCUGGAAACCCCGUGCGGACCGAGCUGGGCUCUCUUUCCGGCAUCCGCCAUUCCGCGAGCAGGUUGGUGGUGCCAGCCGCGCCAUGCAGAUCUUCGUGAAGACCCUGACCGGGAAAACCAUCACCCUCGAGGUUGAGCCUUCUGAUACUAUAGAAAAUGUGAAGGCCAAGAUCCAGGAUAAGGAAGGAAUUCCUCCUGAUCAACAACGACUUAUUUUUGCUGGCAAGCAGUUGGAAGAUGGACGCACGCUGUCUGACUACAAUAUUCAAAAGGAAUCGACUCUUCACCUUGUGCUGAGACUUCGUGGUGGUGCUAAGAAGAGAAAGAAGAAGUCUUACACUACCCCCAAGAAGAACAAGCAUAAGAGAAAGAAGGUUAAGCUUGCUGUCCUUAAAUAUUACAAGGUGGAUGAGAAUGGUAAAAUCAGUCGCCUGCGCCGAGAGUGCCCCUCUGAGGAAUGUGGGGCUGGAGUUUUUAUGGCCAGUCACUUUGACAGACAUUACUGUGGCAAGUGCUGCCUGACAUACUGCUUCAACAAACCAGAAGACAAGUAAAUGUAUCUGUGUUAAUAAAAAAAACCCUCAGA